CCACACCCCCAAUAGAUGACAGCUCUCUUUUAGUAAUAAGCAAAUAUUUUUCCACUGAUCUCUCUGUUUUCCAAAACCGUUUUUCUUGUUUUCAUUUUUUUUCUCUUUGACUUGCUGUGAGUUUCGUUAUAUAAAAUCAGAUGUUGCCUCCCCGGUGCUGCAGCUGAGUCGAAGAAGAUGAGAGGUCUCUCUCCUAGUCCUUUAGAGGCCAGACACCGAUUGUCCUCUUCAUUUGAAGAGGCAAACAAAAGGAGGUCCCAAAGAUAUAGGGUUUUUAGAAAUGUUGAGAAAGCGCUUCAUGUUCCAAUACAAUAUAGGAAUUUAAACUGCAAGAAGUCCAGCUUGAAAGUAUUGCUGGUUAUUAUCUCGUUGGGAACUUUGUUCACACUUUUCCGUUCUCCAGCAGUUCAUAUUGCUGAUCAUCCAUCCAGUGCUGCAUCUCGGUCAAGUUUCAUGAGAUGGAUGGGAGAGAGUGCUACUGCAGAUCCACGUUAUUUAUCUACUUUAGAUAUGGACUGGGACCAAAUUUCAAGUGUUGUAGAGAAACUGACUGACAGGAACAAAUAUCAAGGUAUUGGCUUGUUAAACUUUAAUGACAGUGAUAUAGAACAGUGGAAGCAGCUAUUACCAGAUGCCGAGCAUGUUCCUUUGCACCUUGACCAUGUAUCAAACAACAUAACGUGGGAAGUGCUAUACCCAGAAUGGAUAGACGAAGAAGAAGAAUUUGAAGUUCCCACUUGUCCUUCUCUGCCUAUGAUUCAAGUUCCUGGAAAACCACGAAUUGAUCUUAUUGCCGUCAAGCUUCCUUGCAACAAGUUGGGGAGAUGGUCAAGAGAUGUGGCCCGUCUACACUUGCAGCUUGAAGCAGCAAGGCUUGCUGCCUCUUCUAAAGGCCUACAUCCAGUGCAUGUGCUUUUGGUAACUGAUUGCUUUCCAAUUCCAAAUCUCUUCACUUGUAAGGAUAUUGUUGUACAUGAAGGGAAUGUAUGGCUAUACAAACCCAACCUUCAUAGGUUGAGAGAAAAGGUACGGCUACCUGUGGGGUCAUGUGAACUUGCAGUUCCUCUCAAGGCUAAAGAGCAUUUCUACUCGGAAAGGCCACAUAGAGAAGCAUAUGCAACAAUCCUUCAUUCUGCACAUGUAUAUGUUUGUGGGGCCAUUACUGCAGCUCAGAGUAUCCGCUUGGCAGGCUCAACACGAGAUUUUGUGAUACUUGUGGACGAAACAAUUAGCGAGUAUCAUAGAGGUGGGUUGGCGGCUGCAGGCUGGAAAGUCCAUACAAUCCAAAGAAUCAGGAACCCAAAAGCUGAAAGGGACGCAUACAAUGAAUGGAAUUACAGCAAAUUCCGUCUGUGGCAGUUAACAGAUUAUGACAAGAUCAUUUUUAUUGAUGCCGACUUGCUUAUACUUAGAAACAUUGAUUUUUUAUUUGAAAUGCCAGAAAUAACUGCCACUGGAAACAAUGCUACCCUGUUCAAUUCAGGUGUUAUGGUGGUUGAGCCAUCAAAUUGUACAUUCCAGUUGCUAAUGGAUCACAUCAAUGAGAUUGAGUCUUACAAUGGUGGGGACCAGGGCUAUCUGAAUGAAAUCUUCACAUGGUGGCACCGGAUUCCAAAACACAUGAACUUCUUGAAGCAUUUUUGGGAAGGUGACGAGGAGGAGAAGAAACAAAUGAAAAUUCAUCUUUUUGGAGCUGAUCCUCCUAUCCUUUAUGUUCUCCACUAUUUGGGAAAUAAACCAUGGCUAUGCUUUCGGGACUAUGACUGCAACUGGAAUGUGGACAUUUUACAAGAGUUUGCUAGCGAUGUUGCUCAUAAAAGAUGGUGGAAGGUGCAUGACGCCAUGCCAAAACACUUGCAAAAAUUCUGCUUGCUUAGGUCCAAACAGAAGGCAGCAUUGGAGUGGGAUCGAAGGCAAGCUGAGAAAGGUAACUACACUGAUGGUCAUUGGAAGAUCAAAAUAAAAGACAAGCGUUUGGAAACUUGCUUUGAAGAUUUCUGCUUCUGGGAAAGCAUGUUGUGGCACUGGGGUGAGAAAAAUUGGACAGAUAAUGCAACUACAACUCCAGCUCCACCAGCCAUUACCACUGCAUCUCUUUAAUCUUCAUGAUUGGUAAUUCUUUCAUUUUCACAUUCUCCAUGUAGCAUAUGGAAGAGUUUUAACACAUUUUGAAUAUCAAGCAAUUUUGUAAAAAAGUGUAUCUUCUGCAUGUACUUCUUGACUUCUUAUAGCCAGUAUAAGAUACCUCCUACAUCAAUAUUGCACACCCUUUUAUCAAA